AUGGCGGAGUUUCUUAGGCUGCAAGAUCCGACUAGAAAUUGGGCGGCGGAGUUGGCAAAUUUCAGCCGAAUCGGAGGACAGGGGAGCGUGACCGGAGCAAGCCCGGCAGUAACCGCAUCAGAGACAAGCGCGCAGCCCACGGCACAACCUCCAUCUACCAUGCCGACUUCCCCAACGACUCCACAAGAAGAGGAAUCUCCCACUGAAGCCGCACCGUCAGAACCCUCGGAACCCUCUCCGAGCCACCAAGAGACAAAGCCCAUGGAUGUUAACCCUAUUGCGGCCUAUUACUAUUCUGAUCCAGAAGAAAUGAAGGAAAGGCUGAGGAAGAAGAAGCAAGGCCAAGAGGGAAGAAGUGAGGCUGAGGAGACGCCGGUCGCAGAAACCGUCCAUCACGAAGUGGCUAGAGAGGAGAUAGAUCUGAACGAAUGA